AUGCUCUUCUUGGUAGAUUCACACCACAGCCCUGGAGGUGCAACAUCUCUUUAUGGCGGGGACAUCAAAUUCACACCGAAACAAAAGGAAAACAUGAAAAAGUACGGAACUCCGAACGGUCCACAAACACGAGCAGCCAGCAACGUAGACAGUGAAAGGUGGCCCAACGCUGUCAUUCCUUACGUAUUUGAUUGCUCUGUUGGUAAGCUAAAUAACUAGAAAUACGUUAAGCUACAUAAUAAACUUUCGUCUUACUAGCUGUCUACAUUUCACUUGAACAAGCAUUGCAAAGACAAACAUAAUCCUUGUGGUUUGUAACGGUCAGCUAACCAGCCGAAGUGGUGACUGUGGUCGGUAAUAUCAGCUUAAAAAGUUAUCUAUUUGUAAACCUUUUGUGGGGUACCAGAUCCCCAUUGUAUUGGAACCUGUAAAAAUAAAACAAGGUUUCUUUAAAAAUUUACCCGAUCGAAGAGCUUAGAAACUUCUGCGAAGCAUUGGUAAACCUCCUUUAGCUAAAUGUCGUACAGAGGUCAACCGUUACUUAUUUCGUUUUUCUUUUGUUAGCCAACAUGGAAAGCGCGGUCGCCGCAACAUUGCAAGCUAUGAGGAUGUGGGAGAGCAAAACAUGCAUACGCUUUGUUGAGCGAACCACGGAGAAGGCUUAUCUUGAGCUCUUCAGAGGACAAGGGUGAGUCGGGAAGUUGCAUGUGCUAGGCCCCGCCCCACUCUUCCCUAUUUACUGAUUGAGUUUGCUGCCAUUUUCUUAAAACAAUAUUAGAGACCUUUAGAUUUGAGGAGGAGAACGACUACGAGAACGAGAUUUGAUUUAAAGUUUUUUUGCGUAUUAUUAAAAAAAGACGCCCCAGAAAGCUUAAUUGUAUUUUGUUUUCCACCAGAAAGAGAUGGUGCUGNAGCUUAAAAAGUUAUCUAUUUGUAAACCUUUUGUGGGGUACCAGAUCCCCAUUGUAUUGGAACCUGUAAAAAUAAAACAAGGUUUCUUUAAAAAUUUACCCGAUCGAAGAGCUUAGAAACUUCUGCGAAGCAUUGGUAAACCUCCUUUAGCUAAAUGUCGUACAGAGGUCAACCGUUACUUAUUUCGUUUUUCUUUUGUUAGCCAACAUGGAAAGCGCGGUCGCCGCAACAUUGCAAGCUAUGAGGAUGUGGGAGAGCAAAACAUGCAUACGCUUUGUUGAGCGAACCACGGAGAAGGCUUAUCUUGAGCUCUUCAGAGGACAAGGGUGAGUCAGGGAGUUGCAAGUGCUUGGCCCCGCCCCACCCUUCCCUAUUUACUGAUUCAGUUUGCUGCCAUUUUUUUAAAACAAUGUUAGAGACCUUAAGAUUUGAGGAGGAGAACGACUACGAGAACGAGAUUUAAUUUAAAGUUUUUUUUGCGCAUUAUUAAAAAAUAGACACCCCAGAAAGCUUAAUUGUAUUUUGUUUUCCACCAGAAAGAGAUGGUGCUGUUAUCGUUAUUGAAGAAGGUCGAUCGCAAAAUGAUAAAGCUUCUAACAUUUGAUAACUGGUUUUCACCACUACAACAUUAGGUACCUUAAGCAACGACGACAGCGACGGCGUGAAAACGAAAAAACUGAAUUUGCGUUCCUUCAAACUUAUUAUCGUCUAUUUGCACCCAUCCAAUAUGUCAAAUGCAGGCGACUUUUCCUAGAGUUGAAUUCUAAAGGAUUUUAUUCAUGUUCAAAAAGAGGAAGGAAAUUUCGUCGUCGUAUGUCCACGUCCUCCAUAAAACGCCAAAUUAGGAGGUUUCACGUCGUGGUCGUGCAGUGGACGUCAAAGAAAUGUACUUAAGAGCGUGAUGCACGUGCAGAGUUGUUGUUUUGGUCAUUAAACCUAUUGUUUUUUGAAGUUGUUGUUGUGUUCGUCGUCGUAGCUGCACUAAAACUAGUAGUAUAAUGACGAAGCCUAUCACGUUUUCCCGCCAAAAUGAGGCUGGUCCACGCGUGCGCACUAAUUAGUAUUGAGAAAAUCUCGUACUCGUAGUCGUUCUCGUCUGAGAAUCUAAAGCUCUCUAUUAUGUGGCAGCACGGCCUACAUGUUUCUAAUGUAAAAUAUUAAACUCAUGCAAGGAGGAGUGCGCCAUGUUUUUUGAAUCAACGCCCAGAAUGUGGAUCGAGUUUUUGUUUCAGUCAGUUCUCAAAUGAUCAAUACAUUCUUAAAGAAAUUCAAAGCAAAAAUUGAAAAAGACAAUUAAAUUUCAACCCUCGUUUACGCACGAUAAUUUGAAUUUUUUAACUCCUUUUCUUUUCGUCCCUUGUUUUCUUUUGCAAAUUUUUUCGUGAAGGUAUUUACUUCUGAAGACAGUGACAACGGAUUGUCUUUGUUUCACCAUUUUUUAUUUCCAACUUUGAAUCAUGCUCUUAUCAAUCGUUUCUUUUUUUGUAUAUUAUUCUUAGUUGCUGGGGUCACGUGGGUCAUCAUGGCUACAAGACCCAGAUCUCUAUCGGCGAUAACUGUGAUUUCCAACACGUGAUGGAACACGAGCUAGGUCACACAGUUGGAUUCUGGCACGAGCAGAGCAGGCCAGAUCGAGAUAAUUACAUCAGUGUCAUAUGGGAAAAUGUUUUAGAUGGUAACUAUAAGAAGAGAUUUUUCCCAGUAUGAUAAACGCCAAAUUAAACUUCCUUCUUUCAUUUUGCAUCGUCGAGAAAAAAUAAAUAAGGUAUUGACCUCUAUUAUGAUUUAUAAGUGAAAAUAUGAUCUGAGAAAUACAGAGCGCUUUCACGGACUAUGGACCAAUUUACCUCACGACGGAUGAAGUAUGACACUAAUUUAUCUCUUUUUUUUACGAGAAAUUGUCUUGACUGCACCUUUUUUAUCUAUCCUUUUCCCCAUCAUAAAAUCUUAUUAAUCUCUUUAUAUUAAUCUUGUAAAUUCUACAUUAAGUUAAAAUUGCAUUAUGACUGUUAAUAGUAAAAGUAUACUUGGAAAUUAUUUGAAAGUUUUCAAAAAGCCAAGUCAUUAAUACUUUGCCCGAUUUGAAGCCAGUGAAGGUGAACUAGUGGUUUGGAUCGUGGAAAAUGUAGCAAAAGUCUAUGUAUUAGAAUUCAUCAGGAACACGCAGAAUAAAGUCUCACAUGGAUUGGAAGGUGUAAUACCCCGGUCAUGUAAAAGCACUUUCAAGAAAAUCGUCUAUGGCUUUUUAUUUUUUCAGGAUUGGCAAGUGCGUUUGAAAAGCGUAAAUGGAACACGGAGGUGGUAGAUUUCGGAGUGCCGUACGACUUUGCCUCUAUCAUGCACUAUCCCUUCACAGCUUUCUCCAAAAAUGGCAAACCCACCAUCCGCAAUAUUGUUGAUAUGCAAGGAAAAACACCUUACAUUGUAUUAAGUGAUGGAGAUGCAAGACAGACAAAUGCUAUGUACAAGUGUAACGGUAAGGAAAUACUGCAUUUGUUGCGAGUUAACACGGAAAAUCCGUUGCGUUCCAAAUAAUUUGUAGAAAUAGCCUCCCUACGAAGAGGAAUUAAUCUGGAUUCCUGAAUCUGGGAAAUUUUUGCUUGCGGAAUCCGGAAUCCAGGAAAAUUCAGUACUUGUGAAAUCCGGAAUACAGCUCAAGGAAUUCGGAAUCCUACUAACGACUGGAAUUCAGAAUCCACGUUCCACUGACAUAUAGUGGAAUCCAGAAUCUAAGACUGUCUUGGAUUCCCUUUCAUGGGGCAAAAAAUAGACACAAUUCACCCCCCCCCCGCCCCACCCCUGCCAGUAGAUAGAACACUAAAGCGGCUUGUAUAGGAUAGAUGGGUAGUCGAUACAAAACUUAAUCAAGAAAUCAAAUGAAUAUCAUGAUGUUGUAGUUCAAUUUUAAACUUGACAGUCGGAGGGAUCACCUGCGAACAUAAACUAAAAUAAGCCUUCGAAUACAGCCGUCUGUCCUCUGUCCUCGCUUCUCGCUCCUCGCCGCUAGGGGCGUUUCAGAGCGAGGAGAGACGAGGAGCGAGGAGAGGCGCCUGUAUUUAAAGGUCAGAACAAAAUCAAAACAAGAAGACAAACUAAGUAUACUUGACAAAAUUAGCAAAAUACUGAUGCAAUGACGUGUUUUAUUUAUUAAGUUGUCAUGGCAAAGAGAGCCAUUGAUCGAUUCAGUUCAUUUAAGCCAGCGCCUCGUGUGCAGAAAACAAGUAAGUAUUACUAAUAAUUAACCCUGUAAACCCUAAUAUCAAAAUUCAAAUUCUCAUUCAUUCUAUAUAUUCCCUAUAGAAGCAGAUGGGAAAAGCUGUAAAAGUGAAAAUAUAGGUUAUCUUCUUUGAUCCAGUCCUUAUUUCUCUGUACCACUGUGUUUUAUCUAGCAAAAAUAUUUCAAGGAGAAAUUUGAUGCUGAUAACUCGUAGGACGUAACGAGUUAACUACAAAUAUGAUACGUCAUAAUUCAUUUCACACGUCUCAAGUAUAUUAUAAUCCAAACAAAAAAUUGUGUUAUUUGUGUAAAUUUGCAUUUUCUUGAAUUUUAUUCUAGGCUGAACUCUAUUUAUGCUGCUUUCGCAGCUCCGAUCUUAUCUCUUUCCGGGAAGACAAACUUUUUGGACGGGAAACGCUGAUUUUCACUGUUAAACUAUUCAGUCAUAAACAGUGCGCAGAUAAACAGUGUCCGUAAGGUGGAGUUGAUGAUACAUGGGAGUUUGUGACUCGGGACACAGGAAAAUGUCGAACCAGUGUCCGUAUUAAGCGGUUAAAUUGUAGAACAAAUACAUUAGCUUUUCGUAGGGACAAAUGAGACUGUCCGUUACUGAGAUAAGUGGGUGUCCGUAAAGAGGGGUGACUACUGUAAUGACAUAAAAUUUAAAUUUCAUUAUUUUUCUCAGGUAAUCAGUGCACUGACAAAUCAGGCAGAUGUGCUUCAUAUAAGAAAAAUGGCCUGUGUACUGCGCAUGCGGAUAAUAUGUUGUAUUGGUGUCCUGUGACUUGUGAUAUGUGUAGUUCAGGUAAAGCUUUCAGUUGUUGUUUGCAAAUGUAAAUAUAAAGAUAAAGAUAUUUUAUUCGUGUAGCGCUUAAAUCAAAUACAUAUUCUAAUUAACAAUUAUUCCACAAGGGCGCGUUGGAUAUGAGAUGAUAGAUAGCCAACGAGGCGCGUAGCGCCGAGUUGGCUAUAAUCAUCUCAUAUCCAACAAGCGCGAGUGGAAUAAUUGUUUUAUUAAAAACGCCCACAAAAUCUCGUUGAAUCUCCCCGACUAGAACAAACCGGAAAAGACAAGGGACUUCCGCUAUUCACAUGUCACACGUCUAUCAAAACUGUCAACGCGCGAACGGACUCGCCUGGACUGCAUGAAUGAAAAAUCAAAACAUUGUAGCGGUGAACAUUAGUUUUUUAAAAAACUUAUCGGGAUUCUAGGAUUUUACACAGCAGAACAGCUAAAAAAAACCUGGCAGAUCAUGUGAAGGAAAAGAAUUUUGAAGUGACAGCAGUCGAAAUUACUGUGAAUUUGGAUUUUUGGUGCAGUUAUAAAAGUAAGAACAACGAAGAAAAACUAUUACCUCGGUCGCUUGUUAUGAAGUUGUUUGAAGCCACAAGCUGGUUUUGCUGAACAAGAAAAGAAGCUAUACUGCCGCCUCGAUUGCUCUAGUGAAUGGCUGCAUAGCCUGUAUUUGUAGCUGGUUACUUGUGAUUUAUAUUCUUGAUGUCGAAUAAACAAGCCGCAGUUAUCUAUCGGCGAGUGACUCGAUCGGCGAAUGGCUUCGCGAUCAUGGAGAAACAACACUUGUCUUCUUUCGUAGCAGGUCAAGGUACUUUAGUUCCAUGUGUUUUCAUGUGUUUUUCGACAAACUUUCAAACAAGCUUUUGGGGCUUUUUUGUUCGUUUUUGUCUUUUUUCUUUAGAUGAAAUUGCAUUUCUAGUAUUCUAAGAAAUGAAUUACAACGAUUUGCUUCGGGCUAUCCUUCGCGAAAAAAUUUUUUACUUAGCUUCCAAUUUUAAACUGACGCGUACACCGACCAUAUAUGGAGAGCAUGGUAUAAUAGCUCAUAUACCAUAACGGCUGAGCCAAUCAAAAUGCUAGAAUUGCAUUAUCCAAUGAUUCAGUUUUUAAUAAAGCACUAUAUUGUUGCCGACAAUAGCAAACACAUAACAAAUAGUACACAAAGAGAGGAUAAAUACAAACCAAAAGAAAAUAAAGAGAGGGGGACAUAAGAGUAGCAGAUAACACCAAUGAUUAAGCUUGUAGUCGUAGAAUCCUCAGUGAUUUUGGACGGCAUAAUAAGCAUUUAAAGUAUUUUUUCCAAAGUCACGUCUUUCGCCAUGACGUCAGCCGCCUGACGUUUUCACCUGUCUGCCUCCUGCAGAGGCUUUCGCAAGGCUUCGCGAGGAGCAUGGGACAAGCGAGAAGCGCGAGAGCUGGAGACAAGCGAGAAGUGCGAGAGCUGGAGACAAGCGAGAAGGGCGAGAGAGGAAUGAUGGGAACGAGCGCACUGCACGAGGGGGGAGUGAUGGGAAGUAAAACUGGAGAAGAGAGAAAGGCGAAUUUGUUAGUGGCUUCUUUUUUCUCCCCUUGUCAUCACUCCUUUCGCCCCAGCUUUCCUCAAUAAUUAACUCAAAUAUCCCCCUAAAAAGUGCACGUGAUUGCGAGCCACUGGCCACGAGGCAGCCAAAGUGUUACCCCGCCAAAACUUUCGCAGGUCAUUUGGACGAUGUUCAGAUCUUUUGGGUGUGCAUGCGAAAAAAGGCUUAUUGCUUCUGGCGUACUUUUGUAAUGUAAAAACGGUUUUACUGUAUGUUCUUGUUUCUUUUGGCUAUAGAUUCCUGCAUGGACAAAAAUGGCAACUGCCCUAUAUGGGCAAAAGACGGACACUGCCAGUCUAACCCUGAGUCCAUGAAUACCAACUGUGAACACAGCUGCAAAGUCUGUGGAGGUAGGAACUGCUAGUUAUGCUUGUUACACAUUAUACGACAGAGAGACCGGGCAAGGUUUAACUAGACUGUCCACUGCCCCAUUUUUCCACAAAAUCGUCGGGAUCGAGCCCGUUCCCUUUAAGGGUGACCUGUACUGUACUGGGGAUGAGUACAAAAACUUCUUAGGUGGCAGGGGAUGGUUUGGGACUUAGGGAGGCAAGAAAAAUAGCGACAGCGCUCGAUCUCGACGAUCUUACUGAAAAACAGGCGACUAUGAACAGUCUAGGAUUGAAAUGGACAUUAGCAGUUUUUUCAGAAUUUUGACUUUUAGUUUGAUUGAGAUCUCAGAUCUGUCAAAACAAAGGGACAGCUGAGGAAUAGCUGAAAUGUUGAUCAAUAGAUCUUUGAGUUCCCACAAUUCAUCUGAUUAAGGGAGACUAGUCAAAUAGGGCAAGUUUUCCGAAAUGAUGAAGCUGUUUAUAAAGUACUAAUAGCGAUCUUAGGAUACGAGGAUGGCGACGGCACUGAGAACGUAAAAAAAAAACAAUAGUUUUAACAAGUCCAUAUCAUACUUUUCUUUGCACAUUUCGUUGCCGUGACUGCACGACUGCGACGUGAAAAUCCCUAAUUUCAACUCGUUUUGCAGCAACAUUACAAAACACGUUGCACGUUUUUGUUACCCGUUUUACGGUAGCUGUAAGGUCACUAAUUCCAGGGAACUUACUUUAAUUUCACGUAUUGUCUCUCUGGUAGGUUCUACGUCACCCCCAACCGCACCUCCAACUCAACCUCCAACCACGGAGUCACAAUGUAUGUAAAAUCGUAAUACCUCAUUGGGAAGUUGAUUUUGUCACCCAUAUUUAAGGUUACUCUACCUGCGUCGCCAUUUCUUCUCCGACUACACAGUCCUCGUACAUGUCAGGAGUUCACAACCCGGUGCGACCAACGCCCAUCUAGGACUUUGUCACUCCGUUUUCACGGACCAGUUUUAUUUUUAUAGUCAUUUCACAGCACGUUUCCCGCGAACUGACGAAAGCUGACCGCUCUGUCUAUGAGCCCAUUCAAAAGGAAAAUAGUAUUUAGGUCUCUAGGUUUUGCUGAAUGAUUAUACUAAAUUCGCGCCAAAAUAGUUCUAAAAAUAGACUGGUCGGUGAAAACGGCGUGACUCGAUUUCAUGGAAGAGACUCACUCCGGGGUUAUGGUCCCCUGUGUAUAUACAUUUGUUAUCUCUUGAAAGUUGAUGUAAUGUUACCUAUUGCUUCUCUGGCAGGUUCUACGUUACCCCCUACCGCACCUACGACCACCCAGUCACCAUCUACUGGCCAACCAUCCCCAUCGCCUCCUACUGGAUCCCCACCCCCACCCACUGGAUCUCCAGCUCCUUCCCUGGGCACUGGUAAGACGGAUUUUCUUAAGAUUACUAUUACAGGGGGAGGCUAAUUGAAUCACUGGUGACUCCGUAGUUCCAUCGUUGCCUACAGUUAAGAAUAAUAACAGGUAUCACCUGCAGUAAAUUAAAUAUCGCAAGAAUGCGCCUUUACUGUACGUGACCAUCGUCAAACCGGUUCUUCAAAGAACACUUUUUUUACAUAACGACAAAACUGUUUGUCCCAAAGAUGGAAAAAGUCAUACAGUUAGUACCUAUAUAAUACAAAACACCUCUGUAAUGUGGACAGUUGUCUUGCUUCAUACGAGCCCUGUUAACUUCAUGUUUGAACAGAGAAAACAGCCGACCGUUUCGCAACGACACCGCAUACCGCUGAUUUGCUAGCCUACCCCGCUGACGUUGUUUUGGUUCGUCACGUAAUUCAACGUGUGACGAAGCCCCAAGAACGUCUGCAUGGGAAGCUACUGGUUUGCAAGCGAAAUUAUGUUUACGGAACGAGCACAGAAAUUCCAUGUCAAUGAAGUGUUAAUACCCAGAUCUGGGUAGUGCUUCUGAUUGGUCGUGCCGCAAUGGAAAUUUGCUUUAAUCAAUCAGAAGUACUACCCAGAUCUGGGUAGUGAUACGUCAUCGUUAUGGGUUUCUUCCCUCGUUCCUUGGACGUUAUUUCGCGGGGAAACCAGAGGCCAGGUGUCGCAAAAUUUUGGCUGUUUCUUAGAGUAAUACCGAGGCCAUUUUCUGUACUAUCUAGCAAAAUGGAAACCCAAGACACCUUCAUUUAACCGUUAAAGCGCAAUGAAUUCGGUUCCCUCCUAAGGCGGCUAAGCAGUAUGCUAAAAGAAUAAUAAUGUAAACCGUCAGUCAACUUUCUGAUGCUCUGAGACCCUCAGAGACUCACUAGACUUAACCACAUUAGCGGGCUUACCUCUUUCAUGAUGAAUUAUCGCAGGCUUAAGAUGUGCAGACAAGAGGGCUAGUUGUCCCAGUUGGGCAGCGUCCGGCCAGUGUUCAAAGUCAGGAUGGACCUUCAGAAACUGUCUCAUCAGCUGUAAAGCAAAAUGCGACAACCAGCCCAUACAGCCAACAGGUUUGCGUCAUAAAACUUUGCGAGAAUUAUAAACAAGUAUGGAGUAAAACCGUUAACUCUCGUUUUUCUGGAUCUAGUGCUUUAAAAUAAAUUUGAAUUUUCUUACAAAAAUGCUUUCUUCGUAGCUCGAGUUUAAGCCACACCCAAAAAGGGUGGCUUGCGUGUUAGGAAAUUAUUGCGUCAAUGUGGCGGGAAAACUCGUCACGUGAUCUGAAAACUGAACUUUGCACGAGAGCCAGGAACCGUGUAGUCGUUCGAAGUAGUGGAGCUUGUCGAGUGUGUAGAUUGAGCGUAGAUCAUCGAAAUUUUUACGCGAAUUGUUGUCGAUGAAUUCUUUAAGUGUAGGACAGAACAGACUUCAGAAUUCCAAAAUAUGAACCUGUGAAGAAAUAUAGUUUCAAGGGAGUGAAGAAUUAACGCUAAAUAGAACUGGUUGGAUCAAACACAUAAUUUGUGACACUGCGUUUGGAGGAUUGGUGUCUCAGUGGUGACGUCAUUUCAGAAAGACCCAAAGUUUCAGUGCUUACUAGCGUGUUAACAAAUGGUAUCUAAUACGUAUGUACGUACAUCGGCUGACUGUCUCCCUUUCUAGAAGACUUAGUAUAUUUUUUGAACCUCGUUUGGCGUAAGGAGGAAAAAAACUUUUUUUAACUUUCUAUAGUAACGUCAAGAUUUUAAAAAAAGAUAUUUUUUACCAAAAUUUUGUCUUCCUAAAAAAAAGAACACUGGCAUAGUUUUUUGGUCUUAUCUUUUAGGUUCAUGCGCAACUCCUCUUGGACUUGGCUGGGAUUACAAACUGCCUGACAGUGCUUUUAGUGCUUCAUCCGAAAUGUCACCAGGUAAAGAAUAACACGUGUGGCUUGUUCUACCAUGAAAAAAGCGGGAAAUCCCUCGCGGGUGAGAAAGCCCCAUUGUCUUUGCCGCUCGCGGAGCUUGUCUUAUGAUAAAAAUUCCAACAAUUUUUAUCACAACUUUAAGGAUAGAGACACAAUACCUUUUUCUUCCCUUUUUUUGACAUAUUUCUCCCUCUGUUCGUUGACGAUUUGUUUCUUUAACUCUUUAGUCCCCAGAAGUCGUGAAAGUCAGGUUUCGACAAAAAAUUCAGAUUUAACUUUGUAGAAAUACUGAAAAACGAGUGUUAUCUUAUGAAAGUGCUUCUGCAGAGGUUUCAUUUGAAAGGUCAAGGAUUUCGUCCACAGACUCAAAAGUUAGAAAAAGAUAAUGACUGCAUCAAGGACUCUGAAGAGUAAUCGGUAAAUCACUGAUUUACUGAUCUCAUUUUUAUGAUGAAGGGGGAGGUUGGGUUGCCGGUGCAAAGAAUGCUCGUUUGUACUUCGAAGACAACCACGAUCAGAAGAGAAUUGGAGGCUGGUGUGCUUCCAGUAGAAAUCCUCAGUGGAUCAAAGUGGAUUUGGGCAGAGUCAAGAAGAUCACUGGAAUUGCUACACAAGGUGCUUGUAAUAUAAGGCUGUGUCAUGCUUUUUGAGAAUUCUUGUAGAAAAUGUAAUUCAGUGUUAUCCUGAGAUCGCGUUUUUUAUUUCUCUUUGUCGUUUUUGUGUAUGGUAGUGUAUAAGAAUUCAUUAAACCAGUCAAUCCAUUGCUACACUAAUCAUAACCCCAACCAACAACAUCAAAACAAAAAGAAUAAUAAAAUGACGACGACAACGAUGAUGAUGAUGGUGAUGAUGGUCGAAAAGUAUCAAAAUCUUAACAGAGAACUGAUGCAAAUCUGUGGAGUUUUGUCCCUAUUGUCAUUGAUGAACUGGGUACAUUGGCGCAAACUUUUCAAAAGAGACUAGACCAAGAUUAGGGUAAACGAUCUACAGGAUUUAGUGCAAGUUAUGCACAAAUAAGGGACUGGCGAACGUUGGACACCUUAGGCCACGGGACGUGGCUAGAUACCAACAUAACGAUGAACAGGAUAAUGAUGAUGAUGAUGAAUGAUUAUGAUAAUGACGCGAUAGCGACAAUCCUUGAGCUACAGACAAAACAGAACGAAAAAUAAUAGCCGUGUCUUGUUUAUUCACCCAUCACCCUAAAUCUCUACCAUUCCCUGCUCCUUAAUUUAAUUUAUUGCCUCCAGCAAAUUAAAAAAUAGACUGGUCGGUGAAAACGGCGUGACUCGAUUUCAUGGAAGAGACUCACUCCGGGGUUAUGGUCCCCUGUGUAUAUACAUUUGUUAUCUCUUGAAAGUUGAUGUAAUGUUACCUAUUGCUUCUCUGACAGGUUCUACGUUACCCCCUACCGCACCUCCGACCACCCAGUCACCAUCUACUAGCCAACCAUCCCCAUCGCCUCCUACUGGAUCCCCACCCCCACCCACUGGAUCUCCAGCUCCUUCCCUGGGCACUGGUAAGACGGAUUUUCUUAAGAUUACUAUGACAGGGAUAGGCUAAUUGAAUCACUGGUGACUCCGUAGUUCCAUCGUUGCCUACAGUUAAGAAUAAUAACAGGUAUCACCUGAAGCAAAUUAAAUAUCGCAAGAAUGCGCCUUUACUGUACGUGACCAUCGUCAAACCGGUUCUUCAAAGAACACUUUUUUACAUAACGACAAAACUGUUUGUCCCAAAGAUGGAAAAAGUCAUAUAGUUAGUACCUAUAUAAUACAAGCACCUCUGUAAUGUGGACAGUUGUCUUUGAGUGUCCCUUUAGUAUCCGUAAUUAGGUUUGUAAUGACUGCAAUAAGCAAAUUAGCUGGUUAUUUAUAAAGCACUAGAACUUGAAAAGGGCGACCGAGAUGAGAUCUUUUUCCAUACACCACUCGACCGGGCUGCUUCAUACGAGCCCUGUUAACUUCAUGUUUGAACAGAGAAAACAGCCGACCGUUUCGCAACGCCACCGCAUACCGCUGAUUUGCUAGCCUACCCCGCUGACGUUGUUUUGGCUCGUCACGUAAUUCAACGUGUGACGAAGCCCCAAGAACGUCUGCGUGGGAAGCUACUGGUUUGCAAGCGAAAUGAUGUUUACGGAACGAGCACAGAAAUUCCAUGUCAAUGAAGUGUUAAUACCCAGAUUUGGGUAGUGCUUCUGAUUGGUCGUGCCGCAAUGGAAAUUUGCUUUAAUCAAUCAGAAGUACUACCCAGAUCUGGGUAGUGAUACGUCAUCGUUAUGGGGUAUCUUCCCUCGUUCCUUGGACGUUAUUUCGCAGGGAAACCAGAGGCCAGGCGUCGCGAAAUUUUGCCUGUUUCUUAGAGUAAUACCGAGGCCAUUUCCUGUACUAUCUAGCAAAAUGGAAACCCAAGACACCUUCAAUUAACCGUUAAAGCGCAAUGAAUUCGGUUCCCUCCUAAGGCGGCUAAGCAGUAUGCUAAAAGAAUAAUAAUGUAAACCGUCAGUCAACUUUCUGAUGUUCUGAGACCCUCAGAGACUCACUAGACUUAACCACAUUAGAGGGCUUACCUCUUUCAUGAUGAAUUAUCGCAGGCUUAAGAUGUGCAGACAAGAGCGCUAGUUGUCCCAGUUGGGCAGCGUCCGGCCAGUGUUCAAAGUCAGGAUGGACCUUCAGAAACUGUCUCAUCAGCUGUAAAGCAAAAUGCGACAACCAGCCCAUACAGCCAACAGGUUUGCGUCAUAAAACUUUGCGAGAAUUAUAAACAAGUAUGGAGUAAAACCGUUAACUCUCGUUUUUCUGGAUCUAGUGCUUUAAAAUAAAUUUGAAUUUUCUUACAAAAAUGCUUUCUUCGUAGCUCGAGUUUAAGCCACACCCAAAAAGGGUGGCUUGCGUGUUAGGAAAUUAUUGCGUCAAUGUGGCGGGAAAACUCGUCACGUGAUCUGAAAACUGAACUUUGCACGAGAGCCAGGAACCGUGUAGUCGUUCGAAGUAGUGGAGCUUGUCGAGUGUGUAGAUUGAGCGUAGAUCAUCGAAAUUUUUACGCGAAUUGUUGUCGAUGAAUUCUUUAAGUGUAGGACAGAACAGACUUCAGAAUUCCAAAAUAUGAACCUGUGAAGAAAUAUAGUUUCAAGGGAGUGAAGAAUUAACGCUAAAUAGAACUGGUUGGAUCAAACACAUAAUUUGUGACACUGCGUUUGGAGGAUUGGUGUCUCAGUGGUGACGUCAUUUCAGAAAGACCCAAAGUUUCAGUGCUUACUAGCGUGUUAACAAAUGGUAUCUAAUACGUAUGUACGUACAUCGGCUGACUGUCUCCCUUUCUAGAAGACUUAGUAUAUUUUUUGAACCUCGUUUGGCGUAAGGAGGAAAAAAACUUUUUUUAACUUUCUAUAGUAACGUCAAGAUUUUAAAAAAAGAUUAUUUUUACCAAAAUUUUGUCUUCCUAAAAAAAAGAACACUUUGGCAUAGUUUUUUGGUCUUAUCUUUUAGGUUCAUGCACAACUCCUCUUGGACUUGGCUGGGAUUACAAACUGCCUGACAGUGGUUUUAGUGCUUCAUCCGAAAUGUCACCAGGUAAAGAAUAACACGUGUGGCUUGUUCUACCAUGAAAAAAAGCGGGAAAUCCCUCGCGGGUGAGAUAGGCCCAUUGUCUUUGCCGCUCGCGGAGCUUGUCUUAUGAUAAAAAUUCCAACAAUUUUUAUCACAACUUUAAGGAUAGAGACACAAUACCUUUUUCUUCCCUUUUUUUGACAUAUUUCUCCCUCUGUUCGUUGACGAUUUGUUUCUUUAACUCUUUAGUCCCCAGAAGUCGUGAAAGUCAGGUUUCGACAAAAAAUUCAGAUUUAACUUUGUAGAAAUACUGAAAAACGAGUGUUAUCUUAUGAAAGUGCUUCUGCAGAGGUUUCAUUUGAAAGGUCAAGGAUUUCGUCCACAGACUCAAAAGUUAGAAAAAGAUAAUGACUGCAUCACGGACUCUGAAGAGUAAUCGGUAAGUCACUGAUUUACUGAUCUCAUUUUUAUGAUGAAGGGGGAGGUUGGGUUGCCGGUGCAAAGAAUGCUCGUUUGUACUUCGAAGACAACCACGAUCAGAAGAGAAUUGGAGGCUGGUGUGCUUCCAGUAGAAAUCCUCAGUGGAUCAAAGUGGAUUUGGGCAGAGUCAAGAAGAUCACUGGAAUUGCUACACAAGGUGCUUGUAAUAUAAGGCUGUGUCAUGCUUUUUGAGAAUUCUUGUAGAAAAUGUAAUUCAGUGUUAUCCUGAGAUGGCGUUUUUUAUUUCUCUUUGUCGUUUUUGUGUAUGGUAGUGUAUAAGAAUUCAUUAAACCAGUCAAUCCAUUGCCACACUAAUCAUAACCCCAACCAACAACAUCAAAACAAAAAGAAUAAUAAAAUGACGACGGCAACGAUGAUGAUGAUGAUGAUGAUGAUGAUGGUCGAAAAGUAUCAAAAUCUUAACAGAGAACUAAUGCAAAUCUGUGGAGUUUUGUCCCUAUUGUCAUUGAUGAACUGGGUACAUUGGCGCAAACUUUUCAAAAGAGACUAGAACAAGAUUAGGGUAAACGAUCUACAGGAUUUAGUGCAAGUUAUGCACAAAUAAGGGACUGGCGAACGUUGGACACCUCAGGCCACGGGACGUGGCUAGAUACCAACAUAACGAUGAACAGGAUAAUGAUGAUGAUGAUGAAUGAUUAUGAUAAUGACGUGAUAGCGACAAUCCUUGAGCUACAGACAAAACAGAACGAAAAAUAAUAGCCGUGUCUUGUUUAUUCACCCAUCACCCUAAAUCUCUACCAUUCCCUGCUCCUUAAUUUAAUUUAUUGCCUCCAGCAAAUUAAAGACGGUGUGACUUCAUUCGGCAUGCAUGGUCAGUGGAGAUGAAUAAAUGUUUACUCACACAUGCUUUGAUUACUGAACCUAUAGCUAUACCUUCUUCCUUCUGUCAGGUCGCGAUGUUUUCUAUGAGCACGUGAAGAAGUAUGAGCUGGAAUUUAGCACCGACGGUGUGUCUUGGCAACCAUACGAGGAGGGUGGGGCGAAAAAGGUAAAUUUGUUUCCCUUAUUAGUAAGGAAGUUAGGGGGAGAGAGCCCGGGAGAAUAUGGGCGGGGGGUGUAAGAAGCGAGAGAGGAAAGGGCGGGAGGUGGGAGUUCUAAAAGGAUGGCAGGCGGGAUUUAUCGGGGACAAAUUACGCAACAAUGCUUAAUAUUACGCAAUCGAAAAAGGGGUAAAGGGAGGAGGAGCCCAUGAAAAAAGUGGGGGAAGCCCGGAAUAUUAGUGUAUUUUAACUUCCUAAGGGGUUCUUGUCGAAAUUGUAGUACAGGGGUACGUUUUUCUUUACCUAGCUCUAAAAUACCUGAAACAUCUUUAAAACACGUACGCAGUGAACAAUACGCAGUGAAUCACUGCGUAUUGAAGUAAACACAUUCGACUCCUUGAAUACAUUUCCCGGCCCUCUUGGAUCUCCCAAGUAUGCAAUAAUUCUCGGGUGUUUUUUUUUAUUAUUUUUAUUAUUUUUUUCUCACUGAUAAUCUUUGUGGCUCUAAUUUUGUUGUUGUUGUUUUUUCCUUUUUGUUGUUCAGGUGUUUGAUGGUAACUGUGACCACUUCACGCCAGUAAUAAACAGGUUUAAUCCUGUUAGAGCCCGGUUUGUCAAGGUUAUUCCACAUGACAACCCGCAAGGUUGGAUGUGCAUGAGACUUGAAUUCUACGGCUGCGACUCAUGA